CCCGCCGCCGGCACGGCCCCGCCCCCGCUGCCCCGGUGGUGGCCCCCGGCCCCCCGGCUGCCCGCGGUCAAACUGGAGUCGCUGAAGCGCUGGAACGAGGAGAGGGGCCUCUGGUGCGAGAAGGGGGUGCAGGUGCUGCUGACCACGGUGGGCGCCUUCGCGGCCUUCGGCCUCAUGACCAUCGCCAUCAGCACCGACUACUGGCUGUACACGCGCGCCUUCAUCUGCAACACCACCAACCUCACGGCCGGCGACGACGCGCCGGCCCCCCGCGGCGGCGGCCCCGCCGAGAAGAAGGACCCCGGCGGCCUCACCCACUCGGGGCUCUGGAGGAUCUGCUGCCUGGAAGGGUUGAAAAGAGGUGUCUGCGUGAAGAUCAACCAUUUCCCGGAGGACACGGACUACGACCAUGACAGCGCGGAGUAUCUGCUCCGAGUCGUCCGGGCCUCCAGCAUCUUCCCCAUCCUCAGCGCCAUCCUGCUGCUGCUCGGGGGUGUGUGCGUGGCGGCCUCCCGGGUCUACAAAUCCAAGAGGAACAUCAUUCUGGGCGCAGGGAUCCUGUUCGUGGCAGCAGGCCUGAGCAACAUCAUCGGCGUGAUCGUGUACAUAUCGGCCAACGCGGGCGAGCCGGGCCCGAAGCGGGACGAGGAGAAGAAGAACCACUACUCUUACGGCUGGUCCUUCUACUUCGGCGGGCUGUCGUUCAUCCUGGCCGAGGUGAUCGGCGUGCUGGCCGUCAACAUCUACAUCGAGCGUAGCCGCGAGGCGCACUGCCAGUCUCGCUCGGACCUGCUCAAGGCCGGCGGGGGCGCAGGCGGCAGUGGCGGGAGCGGCCCCUCGGCCAUCCUCCGUCUGCCCAGUUACCGCUUCCGCUACCGCCGCCGCUCCCGCUCUAGCUCCCGCUCCAGCGAGCCGUCGCCGUCGCGGGACGCGUCUCCCGGCGGCGCCGGGGGCCCGGGCUUCGCUUCCACGGACAUCUCCAUGUACACGCUCAGCCGCGACCCGUCCAAGGGCAGCCCCCGCCAGGCCUCGGCAGCCCCCUUCUGUGAACGUUGA